AACCGAACGGAACAGGAAACACUUUUCUCUCAGUAGAAUAGUGGAUCAAUUGUUUACUGGUUUAAUUGAAAACUUAUAAAUAAGUUAUAUAAAUAUUAUAAUUCAAUUAUUACAUUAAUUGAGAAAUAAAAACAAGUAUCGUGUUGUUUAUACAUAUUAUUAAAUAUUAUUUGGUCCAACAUAACCUAUCUUCCGCUUUUGCUACCUCUGGCCGUCUCGGCAGACACGUGUUUAAAUAACCAAUUUAGCAAAAAUAUUUAAAUAAAUAAAAAAAGCACAAAAAUGGUUCGUAAGAAGUUGGAUAACCGCAUCCGCACCUUGAUAGAGAAUGGAGUUACUGAAGGACACAGAACAAUGUUUGUGGUGAUCGGUGAAAAAGCGCGAGACCAGAUUGUUGUGUUACAUCAUAUGUUACUAAAAUCAUCAGUAAAACCAAAGCCAAAUAUAUUAUGGUGUUACAAAAAGGAGCUGGGAUUCAGUAGCCAUCGCCAGAAACGUAUGAAAAAGAUAAAAAAUAAAGUUAAAGCAGGAAAAAUAGACACUGACACUGAUGACCCGUUUGAAAUAUUUGUUUUAUCAUCACAAAUACGUUACUGUUAUUACAACGAGACUCAUACUAUCUUAGGACAGACUUUUGGAAUGUGUAUUCUUCAGGACUUUGAAGCGCUGACUCCAAAUUUACUAGCCCGGACAAUAGAAACUGUUGAAGGUGGCGGGUUGGUAAUUCUUUUAUUACAGUCAGUUAAUUCACUAAAACAAUUAUACACCAUGACAAUGGACGUUCAUCAACGAUAUCGUACUGAAGCUCACCAGGACAUCGUGUGCCGGUUCAACGAACGUUUCCUCCUGUCACUGGCUUCGUGCAAACGCUGUCUCGCGGUCGACGACCAAUUACGUGUGCUGCCGAUAUCUUCUCAGAAUUUAAAAAUAGAACCGGUACCCAAGGCCUCAGCUGAUGACGAAUCAUCGAACGAGUUGAAUCUGCUGAAAGAAAGCUUCCAAGAUACUCAGCCAAUCUCGUCGCUGAUAAACUGCUGCAAGACUGCUGACCAGGCGAAAGCUUUGCUAAAAUUCAUCGAAACUAUUUCGGAGAAAACUCUACGGUCUACUGUGUCACUGACUGCAGCACGUGGACGCGGUAAAUCAGCGACACUCGGACUUGCUAUUGCUGGCGCAGUGGCAUUCGGGUACUCAAACAUUUACAUCACAAGUCCUAGUCCAGAAAAUUUGAAAACUGUCUUCGAAUUUAUUUGCAAAGGGUUUGAUGCGCUCGCAUAUUCAAAAACUUCCGACUACGAUUUAAUAGAGUCAACAAACCCCGAGUUCCGCAAAGCGAUAGUUCGCAUCAACGUCACACGUGAUCAUCGCCAAACAAUCCAAUACAUUCAUCCUACGGAUUCAAAUAAAUUAAGUCAGGCUGAAUUACUAGUAAUAGACGAAGCAGCGGCAAUACCUUUGCCUUACGUCAAGUCACUUCUCGGACCCUAUCUAGUAUUUUUAUCCUCAACUAUAAACGGUUACGAAGGAACAGGCCGUUCAUUGUCACUGAAACUUCUCCAGCAACUGAGAAGCCAGAGCGCAGUUUCCAACACAAAUGAUAAGUCUGAAAAGGCUAAGCUUGAAAAAAGUCUAGGUCGCCAGUUGCUCGAGAUAACUCUCGAUGAAUCAAUUCGUUACAAGCCGGGUGACCAAGUUGAAGACUGGCUAACAAAAUUGUUGUGCCUAGAUGUGAUAACGAACGCCCCGAUUUUGUCUGGAUGUCCACCGCCAGACACUUGUCAGCUUUAUUAUAUAAAUCGCGACACACUAUUCUCGUAUCACAAAGCCUCGGAGAUGUUUCUCCAGCGUCUGGUUGCUCUUUACGUGGCUUCGCACUACAAAAAUUCGCCGAAUGAUUUGCUGAUGAUGUCAGACGCACCGGCUCAUCAUCUCUUCUGUCUUCUAGGUCCGGUAGAUCCUUCCCGUACAUCACUUCCCGAGAUACUUGUCGUGAUCCAAGUCUGCCUCGAAGGAGAGAUUAAAAAGUCAACUGUCGUCAGUAGUCUCGGGCGUGGACAGAAAGCUGCUGGUGAUUUGAUACCCUGGACACUGGCUCAGCAUUUCCACGAUAAUGAUUUCCCAAAUUUAUCUGGUGCGCGUAUCGUACGAAUCGCCACCCACCCGGAUUACCACAAAAUGGGCUACGGUACUCGUGCUCUGGAAUUACUGAAGCACUACUACGAGAUGAAGAUUCCCAACAUUGACGACGACAAUAAAACUACAGAGUCAGAGAUAGAGAUAAAAAGAGUACCGGAAGAACAAGUCGAUCUACUUGAAGAAACGAUUGAACCCCGCGCAUCACUACCACCUUUGCUAUUAAAAUUGAACGAACGUAAACCAGAGCAUCUUGAUUAUCUAGGAGUUUCUUAUGGGUUGACCGAGCAGCUUAUCAAGUUUUGGAAACGUUCUGAAUUUGUUCCAGUUUUCCUGAGUCGUAUUUGCAAUGACAUUACUGGGGAACAUUCUUGUAUAAUGAUUUGCAAAAUAAAUUCCGAUGAUCAAGACUUCACGUGGCUUGAAAGUUACUGGAAUAUAUUUCGCCGUAGAUUUACUGUUGCUUUAGGAAGUACUUUUGCUAAAUAUUCACCUUCACUGGGACUUGGAGUCCUGACAAACAAAGUUUUUAAACCCACUAACACAGUUAUCAGUAAAGAAACUCUGGAUGUUUAUUUUACGGCCCAUGAUUUGAAGUGUUUGGAGAUGUACAGUAAUAAUAUGGCUGACUAUCACUCGGUGAGCGACUUUUUGCCAUCACUUGCGCAGCUUUACUUUUUGAAUAUGAUGGGAGAGACUCAUUUGUCACCAGUCCAAGCGGCAAUUCUACUGGGACUUGGACUCCAGAGGAAAACUGUUGAUCAGUUGGCACAGGAACUGACUUUGCAGUCGUCCCAAUUACUUGGACUGUUCAACAGAUGCAUUCGAAAGGCGGUACAGUAUUUAAAUGGAAUCGUCGAAAGUCAUGUUGAGAAGACGUUAAUUGGUGAUGAGACAGUCAAUGACAAUGUGAAGGUCGAUGUAGAGAGCGGCAAGUCCAUGCAAAAAGAACUGGAUGUCGCGGCGCGCGAGUUAGAGGCAAAACAGAAAAUUGAAUUGGAAAAAUUAAAACGGGAAAAUUUAUAUCGGUAUGCGAUAAAAGGUACUGAUGAAGAAUGGGAUAAUAGUUUGAAAACUAAAGGUAAUAAGUCAUUAAUUUCUGUUAAGAGUGCAGAGAAGAGAAUGAGUGACGCGGCUUUGGAGUUUCACAAUGACGAGGACAAGAAGAAGAAUAAAAAGAAGAAAAGAUUUUCUAAAUAAUUUAAUUAAUUAUUAUGUAAAAAAUGUAUAUAUUUUUUUAUUAAACAGACAUUAGAAAAU